CGCCCACCGUAGCCAACGGCAGAACCACUCUCCGAAUAACAACAUGACGGUGGCUGCUGGUGUCAGUGAAACUUUCGUGUUUGUGUCGGUCACGGCUGCUUAGCAAGCUGUUUCGAUGCUUCGCAGCUCAUCUAAGGAGAGCACGUUUAGGCAGUGUUGAACUGACAGUUUAUGCGGCAAAAUGGAAUACCUGCUCCAGGUGAAGAUAGGCGCCUUGAUCGGUUUGUUGCUCUUAACUCUUCUUUUUGGAUCCAUCCCUGCUCGAGUCAAAUGGUUCAGGAACACAAACGGGACAGAAACCCAUCGCACAGUUCUGAGUCUGAUCAGCUGUUUUGCCGGUGGGGUUUUCCUGGCGGCGUGUCUGCUCGACAUCAUUCCAGACUAUCUGUCAGACAUCAACGCCGAGCUGGAUGCUCGGAAGGUGGAGACCAGCUUCCCUCUUCCAGAGUUCAUCAUGGCUGCCGGCUUCUUCAUGGUCCUUAUAAUGGAGAAGUUUGUCCUAAAUUGCCGGGAGAUGGGAGGGGCUCAGGAGGAGAGGGCUCCCCUUAUACCGGAUAACAUAAGCGGGCACGGGCACGGCCAUGGGACAAGACCUGAUCUGGAGAGCAGCGGCCACCACGUCCAUGUUGACUUUCAGGCUCACUCCCCCUUUCGUUCGUUCAUGCUCUUCCUCUCGCUUUCGCUCCAUUCAGUUUUUGAGGGUCUUGCUAUCGGCCUACAGAACACUGAUUCAAAGGUAUUAGAGAUAUGCAUCGCUAUACUUGUCCACAAGAGCAUCAUAGUGUUCAGCCUGUCUGUGAAGCUGGUCCAGAGCGCAGUCCGUCCGAUAUGGGUGGCUGCUUACAUCGGAGUGUUUGCCAUGAUGUCGCCCUUGGGCAUUGCCAUCGGCAUCAGCGUUAUGGAGGCUCAGCUAGAAGCCGGAACACUAAUCCAGGCCAUCCUGGAGGGGCUUGCUGCGGGGACUUUUGUUUACAUCACCUUCCUGGAGAUCCUCCCACAUGAGCUCAACUCUCCCGGGAAGCAGCUUCUCAAGGUACUCUUCAUCCUGCUGGGCUUCAGCAUCAUGGCAGCUCUGACGUUUUUGAGCUGAGUCAGAAUGUUUCCUGGACGCUUUGUGCCAACUACUGCAGUUUGUGGGCGACCCUUGUACAGAAGACAAAUUGUCCCUGUCAGAAAAGAAGAAGUCGGUUUACUUACGCACUGUUAAAUCCAACUCUGGAGUUUUUAUUGUCGAAAGGAGCAUGACAACAGAUGUUGGUGUUUUAUUGCUUUCAAUAUACUUUUAAAAGAUUUCAUAAAGGAGGAGUCCAGCCAAUUUUUGUUAUAUAUAUAAUUUCUUUUUAAAAGGAUUUUAUGUUAACCAUGAGGAACCAUUUACUGCAGUGAGAAGUUAUUUACAAAGGGGGAAGAAGUGGCAUAUAACCUCAUUUAUCACUUGCCAUGUUUAGAAACACGCUUACGAACUGCAAACAAAACCAUUGCCUCUGACCUUUGACACUGUUGAGGAAACCCUUGAACACAAUGGGCUGUGUUGUCUUUGUAUGUUACUUGUAAUUAAUUCAAUCAUGUCAGUAUAUCAGUACCUCCAGAUAUUUAAUGUUUACAUUUUAUUUGAAACAAAUUCAAACCGGGAAUGUGUCAGCUUCUUGUUUGUGCCUUCACUUUUCUAAGAAUUUCAUAUGGUAUGUUCUUUACUACAGGCUCAGCUGGAUGGUUGGUCUUUUGUUAAUUGUUUUUAUUAAUGAUUUUUCCAGUGACCCAGGUUUAUCUGGUAAAUACUGACGUUUUAGUCCAAUGCUUUUAGAUGUAGUUUCCAGUAUGAGCCCGCUUUUACUGGAUAAUCAAUCAACAUAUAUUGCUUUUGUCCAGUAAAGUAGUGUAAGAGGAAACUGACGGCCUGGCGCAAAAAAGAGUGGCAAUGAGAAAAUCAUGAGAAACUAUGUGGUAUUUCUUUUUAUUCUUUUUGCACUUUUCCAAUAAAGAGUCAGUGAUCAUCUCCACGAGCUAGGCUAAAAUGUAAUUGGGUUCUAACAACCCACUAUUUAAACAAGCUGAUCACUGUUUUGUUUUUUUUACAGUAUGCUGACCUUUAUCCUAGUUUUUGGUCCAUUCUGUUUUGCUACUUUGUCAACUCUAAACACACCAGGCUAUUUGUCCAUAAAUACAGACAAACUAUUGUAUUACUCAAACGCCUUCUGUAUGUAAAAUGCUUUUAGUUCUCUUUUUAGAAUGUGGACAAAUACAUAAGCUUUAAAUAUCAGGACAGAGAGACGUGCGAGAUAAAGAAUUAUAUCUGUAAACUGAUACCUUUAUAGUAUAUCACUAGUGCACACACCUGUGUUUGUGUCAAGAAAUUAAACCUUGCAGGUUGGGACCGUACAGCACAUUGAGUACAUUGAUUCAGUGUAUUUUAAACUACAGUACGGGCCGAGGACCAAAACUGUAUUUUUCAUGGCCUAUGCAUUUAAAAAAACUACAAUUACAAUAAUAAUAAUACAUAUGUGCACUAAAUCUGUAACUUGUUAGUUUAACUGCACCAUAUUUUGCAGAGUUUACUUUCUCUUCCCCCAGUUCUAAUCAAAAGAAAUCUUGAAUUAAAUAAAAAAUUAUA